AAUGAAAACAGAAAUGUGUAAUGGGAUUGCAGGGGUGGGGCCAUCCAGUUUUUGGGAACGAAGCGACACCACGACAAGUGGCUGAGAGACACUGAGAAUUACGUGGUGAAGGGUUGCUUUGCAAUGACGGAGUUGGGACAUGGAAGUAAUGUUUGAUUCAAACACGGCAGAGUUUGUCAUAAACACUCCUUGUGAAUCUGCUCAAAAGUAUUGGAUAGGUGGGGCAGCCAAUCAUGCAACACAUACAGUGGUAUUUUCACAGCUUGAAAUUAAUGGGAAAAAUCUAGGGGUUCAUGCCUUCAUUUGCCAGAUAAGGGAUGCAGAUGGUAACGUCUGUCCUAAUGUCCGGAUAGCUGAUUGUGGUCAUAAAAGUGGGUUGAAUGGUGUUGAUAAUGGUCGAAUCUGGUUUGACAAUGUCCGAGUCCCCAGAGAGAAUUUGUUGAAUUCAGUAGCUGAUGUUUCACCUGAUGGGGAAUAUCUGAGUGCAAUUGAAGACCCAGAUAAAAGAUUUGCGGCUUUUCUGGCCCCGUUAACAUCUGGUCGUGUAACUAUUGCAGUUGGUGCAGUGUACACAUCAAAGAUGGGUUUAGCAAUAGCCAUAAGGUAUGCAUUGUCAAGGCGGGCCUUCUCUGUGACACCAAAUGGACCUGAAGUCCUGUUGCUCGAUUACCCAAGUCAUCAACGGCGAUUACUACCUCUCCUUGCAAAGACAUAUGCUAUGAAUUCUGCUGCAAAUUACUUGAAGAUGAUGUAUGUGAAUAGGAGACCUCAGUCAAACAAAACCAUUCAUGUUGUUUCAAGUGCACUCAAGGCCACUCUUACCUGGCAUAAUAUGCGAACACUAAAGGAAUGUUUUGAAGCUUGUGGUGGACGAGGUCAGAAGACUGAAAAUCUUGUUGGUCGGUUGAAGGGUGAGAUAGAUGUGCAGUCCACUUUUGAAGGGGACAACAAUGUCCUGAUGCAUCAGGUUAGCAAUGUGCUUCUUGCAGAAUAUAUAGCAGUUAAGAAGAGAAAUAAUAUUUUUAAAGGCUUGGGAUUAGAGCAUAUGAAUAAGCCUUGCCCUGUAAUCCCAUCUCAGCUUACAAGCUCUAUCCUCAGGAGCAGCCAGUUUCAAAUGGAUGUGUUCUGCUUAAGGGAGAGAGACCUCUUGAAUCGUUUUGCUGCAGAAGUGUCACAGCGUCAAGCUAAGGGAGAAAGUAAAAAUUAUGCCUUCAUUCUGAGUUACCAGCUUGCAGAAGACUUGGGUAGAGCUUUCUCAGAUAGAUUAAUAUUGCAAACCUUUAUCGAGACUGAGGAAACCGUAUUCGCAGGUUCUUUAAAGCAAGUGCUAGGUUUGCUGAGAUCGUUAUAUGCUGUAAUAUGUAUGGAAGAAGAGGUGGCGUUCCUCCGAUAUGGUUGCUUAUCAACUGACAACGAUGCUGCUGUGAGGAAAGAAGUAAUGCAACUAUGCAGUGAAGUGCGACCACAUGCACUUGCCUUGGUCAAUUCCUUUGGCAUACCUGAUGCUUUCUUGGGGCCUAUAGCAUUUAACUGGAUUCAAGCAAAUUCUUGGUUAUCAGUUGAUCAGUAGUUUAGUUAUCGUAACCCUACCCGAAGCAGAAAAAGUAAUUCCUGAAAAAUAUGAUAAAAAUGAUUUUUUGUAAAAAUAGCUUAUUAGAUGUGGGGUCAUUUGUUGUUUACACAAACUCAAGACGGUGGAUGCUUGAAGCUCAGUCAUAUUUCUUGUAAGUUUGUCAAAACUAAUUCUUAAGAAUAAAAGCAUGUUUAUUAUACGGGUAAUGUUAUUUGUACAAAUUCUCUUUUUGUACAAAGAGAGUUUGUACAAACUUACGUGAUACACCAUGUGAGUAUCACGUGACAUAAGAGCCCAUGUAACAUUAAUGUUACAUUAAGUUACGUCGGUCCCAAUACCAUAUGACAUGCUUUGUGGUGUGCUACGUAAGUUUAUAUAAUCUCUCUUUGAACAAAGAGUUUAUACAAAUAGUA